AUGUUCGGAAUCAUCAACUUGCCUAGUCGCUCAACCGGCACUGUGUCCAGAGCUUCGAGUUCCAAGAAGCGUUACGCACCCAUCGUUAACGAGCUUCUCCAAUUACUCGACAAAUCGUUUCCUUAUGCUUCUGGCAUGGAGGCCCUCGAGCAAGCUGUCCAGUCUGCGCUUCAGUACAGGAUCGUUGAGAUGGAAAGCUACGGACUCACCUCUGCCAAAGGUUUCCUAAACUUUGCAACCUGGAUGGUUGAUGGUUGGAUACCCACCGAGUCAGCAAAGGGUAGAGACAUCUACUAUAUCUUGUGCAUCUUCUAUUUCGUAUUUGACCAAGUCCCGCUCAAGGAUUGUCAAACUGCGAUUAGGCCCGAAUCUGUGGGGCAGGAUCUGUCCGAGCUCUCCCAAUGGAUGGUGAAGUUUGCCAAGGAAGUUGGAAGCCACAUGGACCGACCAGAGUCGCUGAACGAAGCAUCACUCACUUCAUUCUGGAAUGCUCCAAGCUUCCAUGUAUUCGAGGCGGAUGAAUCCAAAACCGAAGGGGGAAAAUGGACUAAUUUCAAUCAAUUUUUCUGUCGUCAUCUCAAGGAUGGCGCACGGCCCAUUGAUGGCGAGGGUGACGACAACAUUGUCAUCUUCCCUGCAGAUUCAACCUUCUCCGGUUACUGGGAUAUCACUGACGACUCGAUGGUGGAGCUGAAAGGUCUGCCAUGGCAUAUAGGCGAUCUUCUUGGGCCAUACAAGUCCGACUACGGCGAGUCUUUCAAGGGUGGGAUCUGGUUGCAUUCUUUUCUGAACUCAUUUGACUAUCAUCGCCAGCACGCGCCGGUGGGAGGUACUGUCAAAGUCAUCGACACUAUUGAUGGCGCGGCCUACCUAGAUGUUGAAUAUCAGCCUGAUAGUCGGUCGUUGAUGCCAAAACGCCCUAUGCGUCCUAUAUACUCCUCGGGGCCUGUUUAUCGGGGAGCGGAAGCGACGGAUAAAGAAGGAUAUCAGUUCCUGCAAGCACGAGGGAUCAUCAUAAUAGAAAACGACAAGAUAGGCACGGUUGCUGUUUUACCAAUCGGCAUGGCACAAGUCUCUUCUGUGGUGGUCAGAGACGACCUCAAGCCAGGUGCCACCAUCAACAAAGGUGACGAAAUCUCACAUUUCGAGUUUGGUGGCUCGGACAUUGUGGUGAUGUUUCAGGGCGAAAAGAUAGACCCCCAUACUCUCCCACAGCCAUUGUCACGCAAAAGCGAAGAGCCUUUGCCAACUGUCAAGAAUCCCAAUUGCCGGAUCAUGGCAUCUCAUAUUCUAUGGUGCUUUUGUGGUAAUUGUGGAACAAAAAAGAGUCAUCAGGACGAAUCAAUUCAACAUGGCGAAAGUGUAGGGGAGAAAAAGCGAAAACCUGUGCGCCGUGACCCGGAGAAGAGGCGGCAACAGAACAUUCAAGCCCAACGCAGAUACCGAGAAAAGCUCCGUGAGCGCUUGGGUCGUCUCGAAGCGCUGGCAGAGUCUGCGGGACAGACCUCCGUCAUUGAAAGCAACCCGGCUUCGGGCAUACAACCAAGUGGGGCGAUCACAGCGCCUGGCCUACCCAUCGCUUCAAGUACUAUCGUUCCAAAGACUCUUCCACUCUAUGAUGCUUCGGAUGAAUCGGUUCCGUGUACAUCUGUGGCGACCCUUAGUAAUUGCCAGCAACUUAUCCCAAUCUCAAAUGGGAGUCCGCCGACGUUAUACACAUCAGACUCCACCACAACACCCUAUCUAUAUUCUGAUGAAUCUCCCUCAACAAUAAGUGCAUGGGAUCCUCCAUCAUGUGUGGAUCCUUCUCUUCUCGUUCGCGAGAAGCCCAGUGAUAGCCUGGAGCUGUAUUGGACAACCACCAUUGACUGCGGCUGUACCAGUCCGCAUUUCCGAAUACAGACAGACGGUCCAGACCUUCUCGGCCGUAAUGAAGUCAGGGUGUUCAGGUUCGGCGCCAAUACAACUACAGCCGAUCCAUAUAUCAAUAGUCUCCGGAUUGAUAGAGUUUGCACUAUUGCCGCAAUUCUUGAUCUUGUUAGGCAUUUAGGCAUUACGGAGGAAGGGUUAUGUGCUGACCAAUCUCCCUCGCCAUUCUUUCGGCCCGGCGCAGUGAUGGUAGACGAUACAGCCAGGAGCAAUUUGAUUCGCACUGUACAAGAAACAUUCAAGACUCUAAAGCCAGAUCUGAGGCCAUCUCAAGAACAAAUCACUAUCGAGCACCAUCCGAUCAUAGACAUUCUACCUUUCCGAACGCUACGGAGAAACCUCAUCACUCGCCAGCACGAUAUAGAUGAGGAUGAGUUCUUCGACGAUAUGCUUUCUGGCUUAGUAUGCUGGGGAGGUGCUGGCAUUUGGAAGAGGGAUCGGCAAGUCUCCACUGGGUAUGCAUCGACAGGUACUCCGUGGGAUGUCCGUAGUUGGGAGGGAAAGGUGUGGUUUCUGAGGAAGUAUUGGACGCUUUUGGGUGGUGAAGAUGGUGAGCUCGUAAGACAAAGUGAAUGGUGGCGCAGUAUCAGGGGAGACGAAAGUGAGCAGGAGGCCAUGUGGCUAGGAUAG